UCGGUUUCGCGCAUGGGUUUGCGUGAUUAAUUGUUAAACAACCGAUGUCACCACUGAUUAGGCUGGUUGUGCCGAGGGUCUGAUGGUGUGACGGGCCUAGCGACGGUCACGGUAGACUCGGUGUCCAUUACCCGCGCCACAAUAAGAGCCUGACAAAAGCCUGAAGACGUAAAGAGCAUCAGACGCAAUAUGACCAUUGGGAGAGAUAAAGACGUAUCGAAAUUAAAGGACGUAUGUCGCGAUACGGACAAAACAACGGACAAGGUAAGAAUGGAAAAAACUAAUGGGAAGCAAAACCAGCAUGCGCAGAGAGGGGGCUGGUGGAAAGACACCAUCAAAGACACCCCUAUCCCUGGCACCUACCACAUCCGAGACUUCAUCGAGGAGGCCAAGCUCAACCCUGUCCAUGUGACCUACGGCUUCAGGGGCACGGGGCGCAGCGGGCAGACCGCCCGCGUGCGGAAGGGUGACGUGCUCCUGCCCGGGGCCUACGACUUCCUGGACUCCACCCAGCAGGCACUGCAGCGGCAGGCCUCGUGGGCCUUUAAGAACCGCCCGCGACCCAACAACUACACGCUGGGCAUCCGCGACAAGGACAUAGACCUCUCCCCUUGUCACUAUGACACUAUGAACAAGCCGGUCCCCAAAAUGCCCUGCAGACAUAUGAUGUUUCGAUCGGCCGUGCCUCGGCUCACCUUCCUCCCCAGAGAUGGCCCCGCUCCUGGACAGUAUGAAGUGAAGACUCUCCAGAGCUCCACACCAGGCGUCUCUUCCUGCUUCAGGUCCACUGUGCCACGCCUUCAUUCUGUGCGCUCGAGGACUCCGGGGCCAGGGACAUACGAGCCGUCAUGGCAACCAGGGCAGCGUCUGGCCACUGAGGCGGACAUGGGCCGCAACCAAGGCCUCUUCUUCCGCAACGUCUUCUGAGGCCGGUCAGCGCAUCCAGCUGUCAAUCAAAUCUCCAUCCUGCUUGAUGUUCACAGGUUCUCCUCCCGUCCUGUUACUCGUGUUAGCCAGGCUUUGGGCAGUGUGUGACAUUAUUUGACCUCCAUCCGAGUAA